CUCUCUCCAAAACCCUGCCCUGGGGAGCUUCACAUCCCACCUUGUCUAAAGCGGUCGAACUGUCUGCGAUGGCUCCAUUAACUAGAGCUGCAGGCCCGACUGGCACUUUCGGGGGGUUUACUUCCAUAAAUCAUGCCCGCCCGUCGAGUACAAACGAGCCUGAGGUUGUGAUGAUUGACGACGACGACGACGAGCCGGUCGACGAGGAAGAGGAAUCUGGCGUGGAAUACGAUGAUGAAAUGGAGGAUGAAGAGUCGGAGAACGAAUCCGCAGAUGCCAACGGGACUGAAUCUGUCCUGGACCUGGGAUCUGUUCGGGGUGAUCGAGACAUAGUCACUCCGGAACUCUUUACGUCGGCAGGUGCACAACAAGCAUUGCAUCCCCUUCGUCGCACUGCGGAUCGGGUGACACGCCAAAUCGAAGCUUUUGCGGAGAAACUCGACCGAUUCAAGCAAAAAGGAAGUCGCGGCGAUGAUUUUGGGAACUUUCAGGCGGCCUACCAACUCGUUAAGAGCUACCAGACGUUUGCGCAAGAUGCUAUCCAGGACAUCUCGAAACAGCAUACUCUGAAGCGCGCAAAGAUGGGCUGGAACGCCACUCGUGCCAAUGGAAUCCCGCAGCCCGACCCUAAGACAGAGGAGGAAUUGCAACGGCUUCAAUUGGAGGCCAACACUUGGCAGCUUCUACUCAACCUAAUCAGCAUCGACGAUCCCGCUAGCCGAGCCAGUUCCAAACAGGCGCAAGAAACGGCCUUUCAGAAACUACACCGGUAUUCGUCCGAUCGGGAGAUUUGGGAACAGUUUUUGGGUGCUGACCAUUAUGCUCUUGAAUGCGUGGUCAUUAUGAAGUGGUUGGAGCACACCGCAAAGACCGGGAUUCAAGAUAUUGAUUCUUUGAUCGCGGACCUGGAAAAGCAAUCCGAAAGGGCAGCAUCGGGGACAUAUGGCUGGAUGUAUACCAAGGAAACCAUCAAGGGACAAAAGCGAUUGCGAGCCUGGCCUCAACCCCUUGAACCUAACGACCCCGGAAUUACACUCUCGCUCUUGAGCUCUGCGAAGUCGGAACCAUUGAUUACCCAAUUGGACCCCGAUGCUGUUACCAGACAAAAGCAGAGCCUCCAGCCGCAGGACAAAUUCUACGAGCGCGCUACGUGGAUGACUUGCUGGAAAAUGCUGAGACAGGGAGAAAGUUGGACGAAGAUUCGCGACUGGGCGGAGGAGCGACUGGAGAAUUGGCGGGCUGUCAGUCUUUGUGGAUCCAGUGUUGACAUCAAUUCAGGUGGAGAUAAGACCCCCGUGGACGAUGGAACCACACGCAUGAUGAACUCCCGAUCUCAGGACUCGUGGAGAGCUGCCUGCUCAACUUUGGCGCGGACCAGCAACAUCGAAGACUUUGAGCGCGCCGUCUAUGGAUUGCUCUGCGGUGAGACUGAGGCCGCAUUCAAGGUCUGUUCGAGCUGGGACGACUACCUCUACGUUUAUUUCAACGGUGUCAUCCUCUCGCGUUACCAAGGAUUCUGCAAGCAGUUACAGCGCAAGCUUAGCCAUUCACCAACAUCCUCUGUCGUUUUUACUCCGGAACCGGCUGGGUACAGUGAUUUGAACAAGUUUCUGCAAUACGCCAAGGGCAACGAUCUGAUUGGCAACGAGGCACGCAAUCCUUAUCGCACAAUCCAAGCGGCCAUCUUGGGCAAGUCGUAUGACAGCUUUUUCUUUUCGCUAGCCAGGGCAGUUUCCCAGGUUGCUGCAAGCAAAUCCGAGAACUCGAGCUUCGUGCCGGAUCUGACGCCUGGAUCGGUGGAUGGCGCUCUGCUCAUUGCCGCCCAGGAUGAGGAUUCUUUGAGAAUCGCCACGCAUCUCUAUCUUAUUGCGCGAUCGAUUGGUUAUGUCCGAUCCGAUACGCAAUUCUUCGAAACUGCUUCUGUGAAUGUGAUUGGAUAUAUUGCCAAUCUGGAGGAGGCAGGCAUAUACGAUACAAUCCCGAUUUACGCAUCUCUCCUACCACAGCACUUGACGCACUCUGUUCUCGGGCAGAUCCUGAUCGAGAUUGUGGACCCUAGGGAGAGACGGCAGCAGGUUAGGCUGAUGGAUAAGCACGGGAUUAAUAUCGAGGCUGUUCUUGAAGACCAGUGGCAAUGGGUUUGUUCGAAUGUUUCUGCCAUCGAUGACUCCAAGACCGUUAAACGGUAUCCCAAGCUUGUUCAGCGCAAGGACGGAUACCAGGAGCUGGUACCGGUCAGGGUGGAUUACAUUGGGACAUUUGUUUCUGGUGAAGAUGAGCGGAUGAUCCGUAGUCUGGAGUGGCUUCGACACGUUGAUGGGCAAUGGCCCAAGAUCUGCGAGUAUGGUGCUCUGUUGUAUCGGAGAUUCUACAUCACUGGCAAACUUGCGGCAGCUCGAGAAUUGAGUCGACGUAUGAGGCUGUCGGAUAUUUCCCAGGAAUCAUUUGGGUUUGAUAUCGCCUUCCCAGUUGAAGAGGAUGGCAUUGAAUCAGCUACACCGGAACCAGCCAGCCCAACCAAGUCGAGAUUGCCGGGAUCUGCACACAAGCGCAGCCGAUCGAACGGGUUGCCAUCAGACGCUCAGCAGGCCUUGUUGUACGAGCAGUCGCAGAAUAUGCGUGACUUGGAAGAACUGAUCCUUGCGUUUGAUGCGCUGGAGAUGUUUGCCAUUGUCUGGGAGAAUCUUGAGAAGAACAAACGUAGACGGGACUCUGGUGCGAUUAUGGAACUCCGACAGGGACUGCAGGAAGCCCUGGACGAGAUUGCGUACCAUGUUGAUGCCAUGCUGGACGAGUGGCUGAUCCAAGCAAAGGAUGACGCCGAAAAGGCCGAAUUGGAAGAGAUUCGAAACACAUAUAUCCCCGAAGUGUUCCUCGACUACCACAGCGCACUAUACUACUCGGCGCAUGUGCUGAGCGCCGAGCUUCUGGUGCAAUGUAUGAACCUGGCGAUGCAGGUAUCGGAAAACGAGCACCUGACGCGCAGCUUCAUUGCAUCCAAACGGAUGGCAGAGAUUGUGGAUGCAUUGGCGUUGUCUAGUAAAGCAAUGGUCAACGCACGGUCGAAACCCGGCAAGAGGCUUUUGGGCGGCGAGUCGUUGGGCAUUUGGAAUGUCGAGGUGGAGGAAGAGGAAGAGAGCGAGAUGGUUGGAGAGGCGAAAUGAUGUACUAUGGAGGAUAGAAUAAGGAAUGGAUGUAUAUUAGGGUAGGUAAUGGGAGGAAUGAUUGAUUUACCGCCAUAUUCCUUACUAGUUAGUACCUUGAGCUAUUCAUGAGGUUUCCAACUUCUCGCAGGCCCUACAUCCGUAUAGUAUGUACGAAGUACUUGAUUGACAUUGUCUACAUCCAUAGUCAUUCUUCAUUUCUAUAUCUACUUUCUACUUGGAUAAUCUAGCUACUGCAACUCCGC